UCAACUUGCAUGUCGCUAAAUAAUGUGCAGCAGGGAGCGCAGCGCAGUCCAUUUUGAAGAAGGCAUUCCUGCAGCACGUCAGUCCAUGCACCGGAGCUGCAGCCCUUCAUGAGACGCCGGUGUCGGUUUUCGCGUAACGGCGCAUAGUUUGGGGGGGGGUGGUGAGAGCAUAGAUUUGGGGAGAAUUUACGGGUCGAACUCUUUUUUCCCCCCUUGAGGAAGCAUGCUUUCUGAGAGACGUGGCUUCAGGUUUCGCUCUUCUGCGAGGAUGUUGGCAGCUCUGGUAUUCAUCCUGCUUUGUAUCCAGCCUGGACACGGACAGACCUGCACAGAAGGGUUUGCCUAUGAUCGCAGGUCGAGACAGUGCAUAGAUGUGGACGAGUGCCGCACCAUGCCAGAUGUUUGCCGCGGAGACAUGCGCUGUGUGAACCAGAACGGGGGCUACCUGUGCCUCCCCAGGAGCCUGUACAACCAGCCCUUCAGGCCCGAGACCCCCGCGCUGCCCGAGCCCCUCUACCCCGACACGUCGCUGGGAUUCCCUGAGCCCUUUCUCCCGGAACCGGACCGGUCUGUGGAGCCCAGCUACCCCAGAGUCAGGUCCACCGCGCAGUGCAUCCUGGGAUACGCUCCUGCAGAGGACGGCUCCUGUAAUGACAUUGACGAGUGUGAGACCAACACUCACCACUGCAACCCCACCCAGGUGUGCAUCAACACGGCGGGGGGGUACACCUGCUCCUGCAUCGAGGGGUACUGGCUCAUCGGGGGGCAAUGUCAGGAUAUUGAUGAAUGCCGCUACGGUUACUGCCAGCAGCUGUGUGCUAACGUCCCCGGGUCGUACUCCUGCUCCUGUAACACCGGCUUCCUCCUCAACCCCGACAGCAGGACCUGUCAAGAUGUGGACGAGUGUGACGAGCAGCCCUGCAGUCACGGCUGCUUGAACUCGUACGGAUCCUUCAUGUGUAACUGUGACGAGGGGUUCGAACUGGCGGCCGACGGGAUAACCUGCAAAGACCUGAAUGAGUGCGAGUUCUCUGACUUUCUGUGUCAGCACAAUUGUGUGAACACGCCCGGGUCUUUCUACUGCCUCUGUCCGCCCGGAUACUACGUGUUCGAGGACGGCCGGAGCUGUGAAGAUAUCAAUGAAUGUGACACUGGUAACAACACCUGUACAACAGCACAAGUAUGUUUCAAUUUCCAGGGGGGCUACACAUGCCUGGACCCUCUUCAGUGUCACCCGCCCUACAUUGAAGUCGGUGACAAUCAGUGCAUGUGUUCUGCGGAGAACCCUGCCUGCAGGGACAGACCCUUCACUAUUCUGUACCGACACAUGGACCUGUCUCCGGGGCGCGCCGUGCCUGCAGACAUCUUCCAGAUGCAGGCCACCACGCGCUACCCCGGCGCCUUCUACAUCUUCCAGAUCAAGUCGGGCAACGAGGGCCGCGAGUUUUACAUGAGGCAAACCAGUAACGUGAGCGCCACCCUGGUCCUCUCCCGACCCAUCACGGGUCCUCGGGAGGUGGUGCUGGACCUGGAGAUGGUCACGGUGAACAACGUCAUCAACUUCAGAGGCAGCUCCAUCAUCCGCGUUACGAUAUUUGUGGCGGAGCACAAGUUCUGAGCGCCUCUAAAUGAACUCCCUCUGAGAAUCAGCUGGUUUGUUUGAGACGGCAUCACCUUUCUUUUUAAAUCUUAACGUCAUCCUCGUCCGAUAAAGUCUCAGCCGAGAUCAGCUGAUGGGAAAGCCUCCCGGGUUUAAUGGACUCUGAGCUUGUGUUGCUGCCAUAUGGACUUGUGAAACAGAGGGAUGUUUACGGUGUACAAUUUCUGACAUAUUCUACCUAGAAAAUGACCCAAAAGUGAUGGAAGUUACCCUCUCUAGUACAUGCACCCCCCCCCCCCCCAGUUGUCUGUGAAUUUUCAUCUCUUCAGAUUAGCUGUGAAAUUGCUUUGUUUGUGCUUAAAUUGAAGAGCUGUCGUUGCAUCCUGAGAAUCAGAUGUUUUAUAUGAGAUUUUGAUAUCUGAGCUGUGUGUAAUUGUGCAUUCUGCAGUGGCAGUGUUUGAGAUGAUGUAACAGCCAGGCAUUAACUGAAUUAUUGAUCACAGUUUUUUUUAGAACAAUAAAUGUCUUCACCACA